AUGCGCCCAGUAACCUGCGAAGUGAAUACCGACCCACUGGUCACGGAAAGAUACCUUGGCCUUUGCGGCAGAAGCGGCACGCAGGGUGGAGAAAUCCCCCAGAGGUUCAAUAUCAGCAUGCUGUUGGCUCCGGAUGCGCCCUGCGCGCUCGUCUCCUCCAGCGCGCCAGAGCUGACCAGGCGCAGAAGAAGUGAUGGGACGGAGGCAAAAUCUCGGAGGAAACGGUCUUGGAUAUUUCCCGGGACGCUGUGGUGCGGCACUGGAAGCAAAGCGGUCGGAUACGACCAGUUAGGCAUGUUUGAGAGUACGGAUAGAUGCUGCCGAGAGCACGACCACUGCCUUCAUGUCAUCCCAGCUUUUACUAGGAAUUAUGGAGUCUUCAACUCCAAAUUCUUCACCGUCUCACACUGUGACUGUGACCAAAGGUUUCGGCAGUGCCUCCUUGGUGCGAAUGAUACCAUUGCCAGUAUGGUGGGUUACAGCUUCUUCAGCAUCCUGCAGGUUCCCUGCUUUGAGCUCGAAGAGCAGAGGCGAUGCACUGAGAUGUACUGGUGGGGAAUGUGUAAAGUAGCCAAUAAAGCGCCAUAUGCCGUCUUCAAAAGCCCUCUCCCUUUCAACACCACUGAUGUUACAAGCCAAUCUGGGCACAACGCUAAUAGCAACUUAAAAAGUAGUGCGGGGCAGCGUGUAACCGAAAGCCCUGUGAUGAGCACAGAGUCACCCAAACAUGAACACGGAUGUAGUUACAAAGACUCACCCAGAGACAGUCUGCCCUUGUGUGGAAGCCUCAAACAUCUUGACGGAUGUAAAUACAAAAUCCCUCCUUUGGAGAAGAAGUACGAUCUGCAGAACAUGGAGUCAAAGACUGCCUACCACUGUGAUUGCACCAGCCGCUUGGCUGUUCAGAUCGAAAGCUUCAAGCAACCCAGUACUCUCCCCAUGGUACUGAUGGAUUUCGUCUCUCAGUACUGCUUCAGACUGCCAGAGGAGAGAAACUGCCACAGCAGAAAAAGCUGUUCUAGAGGCUUCAGUAAAGCUUCUGACCUACUUCGAGCCCUUAAGAAGAUAGAGGAAAAAGACACUGCUGGGGUGCGAAAUUCAGUCAAUGACAGAAAGAGAGGGAUUCCUGUUCGCCUUUAUAAGCGAUGCCUAAGGCUGGAAAGAGGAGCUGAUAUUAUGGCACAACUCACACGAUUAUAG